GAAUGCUCAGGCAAAUGGAUUGGAGUAGGAAAGAAGUGUUUCUAUUUUUCUGGUGACACCAAAAAUUGGACAGCCAGUAAAAGAUUUUUCAGUUCACAGGGAUCAAAACUUGCUCAUAUUGACACACAGGAGGAUAUGGAAUUUUUGAGGAGGCAUGCAGGAACUUUUAUGCACUGGAUUGGAUUGAACAGAAAACAAGGAGAGUCUUGGAAAUGGACAAAUGGCACCACACUCAAUCCUUGCUUUGCAGAGAGGUUUUGGAAAGGAUGACAGGAAGCCUGGUAGUUUCCCUCAUUGAUAACAGCAAUCAAGGAACCGAUGCAAAGAAGCAAGAUGUUAAGGACAAGAGUAAGAUGACAAUUUUAGUGCGUGUUUUAUGUGUAAUAUUCUUCAUUUUAAAUAUUCUUCUAAUUAUUGUCCUAGUUUUAGAACAUAGGAGUACUCAGUAUUCCUGCCCAGAUGAUUGGAUUGGUUUCCAGAACAAUUGCUAUUAUUUUUCUAAAGAAGAAGGGGAUUGGACUUCAAGUAGACACAACUGUACAAGUCAACAGGCUGACCUAACUAUGAUUGAUACCAUGGAAGAAAUGAAUUUUCUUAGGCGAUACAAAUGCACUUCUGAUCACUGGAUUGGACUGGAAAUGACAGAAAAUAAAUCAGGACGAUGGGUAAAUGGAACCAUAUUUAAGAAAUGGUUUCUUGUGAGAGGAAAUGAAAAAUGUGCUUACCUCGAUGAUGAUGGUGCAGCAACAGCUAGAUGCUAUGCAGAAAGAAAAUGGAUCUGCAGGAGGAAAAUGCACUAAUGUUUCUAUAGUGGAAUUACAACAUGGGUACCCAUGAUUUUUAUGACCUGGAUCUUUACAUUUUUACAUCAAUUUUAGAAGACUCCUGUACUUACAUGGGCUCUAUAGAUCAAUUUAAGAAGUGUUGUAUUGGGACAUCUGGGUGGCUCAGUGGUUGAGCAUCUGCCUUCAACUCAGAGCAUGAUCCCAAGUCCGGGAAUCAAAUCUCUCAUUGGUCUCCCUGUGAGGAGCCUGCUUCUCCCUGUGCCUGUGUCUCUGUCUCUCUCUAUGUCUCUCAUGAAUAAAUAAAUAAAAUACUUUAAGAAAAAGUGUUAUAUUUAUAUUAUUUCUUUACUCAUUUGUAAUAUGUAACUGACAUUGGUGUUUUUCUUCUUAUAUGAUUUAUAGUUUUUCUAGCCAGUCAUUGCAUGUUAUUUAUUAUGUGUGUCCUCAUCAAAUGUAUCUGGCUUUUACAAUUAUGCAAUUUUAUUAUUUUUUAAAAUAGUUACUUUUUUGUGGAAAUGUAACUGCAUUAUUCUUCUCCUGCUCAACAUACUUUCUGAAAACUCAUAAUUUCUAAUAAUUUGUGGAUUUUUUUAAAAUGAUAAAAAUAGCAUCUAAUAAUAAGUUUUAUUUUUUUCUUAUAACUACUACUUAAUUCUUGUCUAAUUAAAAUUUGUAGAACUGCCAAGACAAUUUGGGCUGUGAAUAUCUGAAUUGUCUCACAUUUUAAAGAAAAUGUUUCUAACAUUUCAACAUUAUCAGCAUUUUAUUUAAUUUUUUAUGCACCUUUUUUAGGUUAAGGCAGUUCUUUUCUAUUCCUGUUCCUUAAAAAGGUUUUUUUAAUAGAAAGGGACUUUGAAUUUUUUUAAAAUUUUCUUGUAUGUUUUUGUUUUCUUUAUCUGUUUUGAUGUUCUUUCUUAAUCUUUCAAUGUUAAUGACACAUGUUUUCUAAUGUUAAAUAACUACUUUGAAUUCCUAGAUAAAAUUCAACUUGGUCAUUAUGUCAUAUCAUAUUUAUUCUCAAUUGAUUUAUUCUGUUAUUUAUUUUUUAAUAUUCCUGUGCCUAAAUUCAUGAAUGUACUUGCCCUGAAAUUUUCUCUGGAGGGAUUAUUGGGAUUAUUGUUGCAAUAAUUCAAUGAAGAUAUGAUGAGAA